AGGGGUACCGUCGACACGGUUCGGGUACUCUGUACCGGUCCGCCGGAUGCCUAGAGAGAGACGGCCCGAACCCGAGCAGUGGAAGGAAGAAGGAAUGUCAGUAAAGUUUGAGUGCUUGGAGUAAAAGGAACCCUACAAUGAUAUCUGCAUAACCCUGUUUAAGUGUUUGUAUAUAUAUGUAUGAAGAACGUCUGAAAGACUCCUGCAGGAUUGCAGGAGAGGGAACAACCAGUGUCCAGCUCUUCAGAAGCUGGGCCCAGCUUGACAUGGCCAGCGUACUAACGGGUUGGUAUGGGUACAAUAUCUUCAACAUUGCUAACUUUAUAGAAUAUGAACCUUAUCCUAAACGUCGGAAACUAGACAAGCAGAACCAGUAUAGAACUGUAGAAACUAGUAACAAGGAGUAUGAGUUGACCCAUAAGGUUCCGACAGCCAUAUACCGUCCUUUCUCCGACUCUACUCUUAAACAGAAGUCUAAGAGCGUUGAAAAGCAUAAACCAGAGGUGGUGGUGUUGGACGAGGAGGAGGAGGAGGAGGAGUGCGUCCUGUUGGAUGGUAGAACUUCAAUAGAUAAUUUAUACCCGGAGCUUUUAUGUAUUAUCUUCCAGAAACUUGAUCUUCAGACCAAAGGCCGCGUUGCUCAGGUGUGUGGAAAAUGGCGGGAUACAGUUUACCUCAAAUCUGUUUGGAAAGGUUGUGAAGCCCGUCUUCAUCUCCGGAAAUCCAAUCCAACCCUGUUCCCCUCUCUGGUCCGACGUGGGAUCAGGAGGGUUCAGGUUCUCAGCCUGAGAAAAUCCUUGAGGGAGUUGGUUAACGGAGUUCCAAACCUUGAGAGUUUAAACCUCUCCGGGUGCUAUAAUCUUACCGACUCAGCUCUAGAUACAGGAAUCAACAGAGAUCUUCCAAACCUGAAAACCUUAAAUCUGAGUCUGUGCAAGGACGUGACGGAUAAUAGUCUAGGACGGAUUGCUACUCACUGUAAGAACCUGGAGAGUUUAGAUCUGGGCGGGUGUACUAAAAUCACCAACACAGGGCUACUUCUUAUCUCAUGGGGAUUGAAGCAGAUCCGACGGUUGAACCUAAGAUCGUGUUGGCAGAUUUCAGAUCACGGUAUCGGUCAUCUUACAGGUAUCAGCAACCAACCCAGCACUGGAGCAAAACAACUUCUUCAGCUCUGUCUCCAGGAUUGUCAGAAAAUAACGGACGAAUCUUUAAAGUUUAUCGCCGACGGUCUUCAAACGAUCGAGAGACUUAACCUAAGUUUCUGUCUGAGUGUGACAGAUACAGGGUUAAAAUCUCUCUCUCGUAUUCCAGGACUACAGGAGCUAAACCUACGCUCCUGUGAUAAUGUAAGUGAUAUUGGAAUAGGAUUUCUAGGCAAUGCAUCUCCUUCUAAUUUGUCCUCAUUGGACCUUUCAUUCUGUGAUCGUGUGUCCGACUCCUCCAUGGCGCAUAUCGCCAGUGGGAUGACGGGGCUCGCCUGCCUUUCUCUCUCUGCUUGUCAGAUAACAGAUGGUGGGCUGGCACGGGUUUGUCGAGAUCUUCAACAGCUCCAGGUCCUUAACAUUGGUCAGUGUAACAAGAUCACUGAUCAAGGGAUCAUGAACCUGUCUACAAAUCUCAAGAGUCUGAAAUCUAUUGAUCUGUACGGAUGUACCAAGCUAACUUCAUCUUCUAUUCAAGCCUUAGAAAAAUGUGAAAAUUUGAAAAUCAUAAAUCGGGGUUUGUGGCAUCAGUUUUAGGGAACCUACAGACCCUGAGCUAGCUCUGAACCUUCUCUUAGAUAGAUCCUGGUCUAAUAGAACCUGCUCAAAGGACGGUUGAAAGCUUGUGCUGGGAAAAGAAAUGACUAUUCAUUCAGAAUUAUUUUUUCACCUCGCGUAUACAUUUCUUUUUCUUAAUUUUAUUUAAGAUUGUUAUGUUUUUUAAUUCU